UAACAAGGUCGCCUGAGUGUGCGGCCCGUCACCACAGCAACAGUUGCCCAAGACAAGCUGUCCGUACAACGAAAAGGGACCCAGCUGUGUCCGCGUUGACCUCUAAACUGUGUUUAUUCUCGAAACCACGAUCUGCGAUAUUUGGAAGCUCACCGCAUCAAAGGCAGGUUAUACCUCAGGCAACCCGAGCCCUGUCAGAAACCCGAGAACAAUGUCACUCUAUCCGUCUCUGGAGGACAUGAAGGUGGACAAAUUCAUGCAGGAGAUUGCGCAGGCGCAAAGUGAUGUGUCCGCGAGCCCCUCCAGGGCUCUUGCUUUACCAGACCCAGACUCGGCCAAGGAGGAAAAAAAUAUAGGCUUUGAGGACACCGCAUCUGAGGGCCUAUAUCCAAGGUUGUACCCUCAGCUGAGUGAAUUUAUGGGCUUGAAUCUCAGUGAAGAAGCUCUACAACACGUCCUUGCUCUCCCCUCCUCUGGCCAGUGCAGUGAUGUUGUGAGUGUGGCGUCAUCUACCAGUAGUUCGUCCUGGGCGUGUGCUCCCAUUACUGGGGGUGACAUGGGGAUUCGUCGAGCAGAGAUCCGCCAGGGUGUGAGGGAAGUGGUGCUCUGCAAAGAUGGCGACGGAAAGAUUGGUCUCCGCCUGAAAGCCAUAGACAAUGGUGUUUUUGUGCAGCUGGUGCAGGCCAACACCCCGGCGGCGUUGGCAGGUCUGCGCUUUGGAGAUCAGGUGUUGCAGAUCAACGGCGAGUCCUGCGCCGGAUGGAACAGCGACAAAGCCCACAAAGUACUCAAGAACGCCAACGCGGAGAGGAUCACAAUCGCCGUCCGAGACCGGCCGCUGGAGCGAACAGUUACCCUACACAAGGACCUAAACGGGCAGUUAGGCUUCUUGUUUAAAAAGGGUCGCAUCACUGACAUAGUAAAGGACAGCUCUGCCGCCCGAAAUGGCAUCCUCACCGAUCAACAAAUUUGUGAGAUCAAUGGACAAAAUGUCAUCGGCCUUAAGGACUCUCAGGUCUCCGACAUCCUUAAUUCAUCUGGAAGGGUUGUCACGGUUACGAUGAUGCCAUUGGUCAUAUAUGAGCACAUGAUGAAAAGGAUGUCCACUAGCAUUGUGAAGUCGCUGAUGGACCACUCCAUUCCAGAGGUCUAAUGGCGCCCUGCUAAGAAGAGUUGCGUUUAGAUUCCACCAGAUGGCGCACACAGUUAAAAAUGUCACUCCUCCCUGUAUGAAAAGGUGAUGGACAACCUUGAUUCAAAAGCUGCAAGUUCAGUAUCCGCAUACAGCAUUUCCAAGCACCUGAAUCUACUGGUGCACUCAAUUUUCUAGGUAGAGAGAGUUGAUUCUACCGAUUGAGCUGUGGCGCUGCGCGCGAGUACACAUAUACGGGCAGCUUUGCCCAUGGGGACCCAGUUUCAAAUCCGCUCUUGGUCAUUUCCCAAUCCUUCCCCAUUACAUCCUCCCUCUCCCACCACUCUCCUGUCUGUCUUCACUACCCUAUUCAAAUAAAGAGAAAAGCCCAAAAUAUACUGUACUUAAAAAUAAGAAUCAGCUGAUACGGAAUGGAAACGGACGGUACUGUAUUGCUCUUUCUGAAAUCAGGUUGCCCAUCAUGUCUAGAGGGAGACCUUUGCUACUGUAUUAUGUAAAAUAGAGAGAGAGAGAGCACUGCGCAGUACUGAAAUCUUUCCUCUGAUCUUGAUUCCGAAGGUGGGCAAACUGUCUUGAGAAAGGUAUAAAAGUCCUGCCAUGUAUCCCCACUGGCUGUGCUCCUGUCACAGGUCAUUUUUACUAAAUUGUCUCUUCCAUUGGGAUGAAACGCUGUGCUGCUGGCUUCAGUGAAUUGGCAGGUACAAAUACGUGCUAAGAGAUCUACUCUCUAAACUCUAAGGCCUGCCUAUACAUUUUCCACAGUAUUUCUGUCAGUAUUUACUUGUCAAUUCCAUUAUGUUCUUAUAUUACAAAUUUCAGUUUUUCUUAUAUAUGGCACCACUGGCAACAACAUACAACUCAGGCUUUAUAAUGAGAUGCCCAUGUUAUUAAGUUAUUAUUCUGAAAAUAACUGAGGACUACAGACUCAUUCAUUCAAUGUGGAAAUUAAGGAUAAGAUCACUGUUAAUGUACAUGUAUGUUGCCACCAGAGGCCAUUUGGAACUAUCCAGGGAGACAUUGAUAAAUCUCAACAAAAAUACACUGUACAUGAGUUCAAAAAUCAUAAUGUGUGUUGAUCUGUAAACUUCAACUUUGCUGUUAAUAUUUUUUUUUCAUCAAUUGUAUGUUUUUUUUAGUCGUGCAUAUGUUUGUAGAUUUCCAAACCUGGUCCAAUUGUUGCCUAUCCUUCAAAUCUGUGCGCUUAACCACACUGAAAUAUAAUGUGUCCAAAGACAGCCCUAUUUCAAUACGUUGUUUUAUAAAUAAGAUCAUGCAAUUUAAAU